AUGGCGGCUGAUGACGACCUCCCUUGGAAUACCUCGCGGUGUAAUCGCCUACUCCGACCACUCUCGAGCAAACUCGCAAAGCUUCGAAAGGAGCUUGAGCAACCGCGUAGCUCUGGCGGAGAAAAGCGCAAUGUCUCGACAGCCUUUGCGACCAAGGGCUCGCCGCAGAAGACCACAAACUUUACGCGACCGGCGCAUCGACCACGAGGCUUCGAGAAGGCGAGAGAUCCCGAUUGGCGACCAGGCGUCAAGGCAGGGGCGAGCAAGAAGACAUAUGGUGGCCGGGGUACAAAGAGGACAGGAUUGCAGCGAACCAGCUUAGACAAUGGGAAUGUCUCCCGCCCAGGCGAGAUUGCCUUUACACCACUCAUCGCGCGAAUGAGUGGUCAGCUCCAUAGUAGUCCGCAGCUACAGAGUUCGCCACUAAAGAAGUACACAAAGAAUCGUGGGCCCCUCCUAGCGGAUAUCAAUCAGAUCCAACUAGGAAAGCACAUACCCGGAGGCCUUCACAAACUCGUCCAAGGCUUAUCGGAAGCUUACGCAAACAUUCUACAAGCGACCUCAACAGGUUACGAAAAGAGCUGGAGGGGCACAAGGUCACUUGCAAGCGCCUGUUUGCGAAAGCUACCCACAUACAUUGAACUCGAAGAACACUUUGCGAAGCUAGACCGGCUGGAAGAAGAGGAGGAUGACGGUCGAGAUGUCGCGAGCGAGAUAUACGAGCAUUUGGAGGCGCAGUUCGAGCAGCGUGCUGGACAAGGCUGGCGGCCCUUCAAGCAGGUUGUGCGAGCUCAUGGCACAUCACUGUUGUGCGAUGCCAUUACAGACGAGAUUCUAGGCUUGGAGAGCUUGUCCGUUCUGGUCACCCACUGCCUGAAUGUCUCCGCGUGGGAUGAGGCUGAGAGGCUUCUGUUGGCAUACGUUCCCCUCGUGGAGCCUCUGUCGAUCCCAAUCAAUAUCAAAGCUGACUUGUUCGACGCUCAAAGAUCGCUUUAUCUGUUCAUGGUCAAAGGGUUUGUCGAUCGUACAGGACAUCACUCCUUGCUCUAUGACCUGCUAGAACACAUGGUCGCGCUUGAGCUGCUGCCUCUCGAGUGGCUCGCGACCGAAUGUAUGCGACCGAUAUGGGAUCGACUCGUUCGAACGGUGUCCAAUAACGACCAUCGCACAUUCGCAAACGCUUUCCGAUUCAUGGAGACGGCCACGCUUGCUAGUAUCGGGCUGCCCGAUGAGCGACUCCUGGAAGACGAAGUGACUGGAUCUGUUGCUCGUCGCUUUGUUCCUUCGUCAAGAAAGGAGCUUCGGCUGGCGCUGAACACUACAUUCUCGAGCUUACUCACGGUUUUAUGCAGCAUAGCCUUAGUCAGCAAUAGUCACGAUGAUGUCGCGGGCAAGAAUGUCACGCACAGAAUUACCAGGGCCUUGAAUGCAGUGGUGAUUGCAAUUCUGAAGCGCGAAGAUAUCCAGGCCGAGGUAAAGCUACUCGAAGCCGACGUGGAUGAUGUCCAGGUUUUUGCGCAGCGAGCUCUGUGGGCAACGUUUGCCUCAUUCCUUCUCGGAUUAGAAGGCUGUGAUGCGGGUGUUGGAACGCUGAAUCUGGAGCCACGUGGAUUGAUAAAAAAUAUCAAUUGGGUAUCGUCACAGUAUUCUUCGAGUGAUGUCGACUUCUCAUCAAUACUCGGUAGUCUUCCUUCACUUAUAUCAUCGAUAGUACGCGGCACGGGACGAAUCUGGAAAGACAGCGGAUUCGAGCAACUACAACGCCUACUCACAGCAUUGAUAACACUGUCUGGUUGCCGACUGCCGCACAAACUAUGGACGCUGAAGCGACUGGCCCUCGAUUCCGCGAUGGAGUUUGCGCAUGGUACGGGUGCUACCCAGCACAUGACAUACGCACGCGAAAUCGAGCAGAGUAUGCGUACGCAAGGUAGACUGCUCAUCCUCCAGUCUCCGGAAAAGAACGAAUCGCCAACGACUAGUGGUGGCUUCAAAUGGGAAGAAGGCAUCGGCGAAUGGGUAGCUUGCACACCUUUUGCCAAACGGGAUGCCAAACGCCUGCCAAGAAAGCCAGUCCGAGCGCUUGAACUGCUACCCACCCCAGUACAGUCUGAAGAUGAGAAGAUGGACACAUCUGAAAUCGAAGGCGAGGUCCUAGGAGACCUGAGCGAUGACUCGAGGUGGGAGACGACAGCGUUCGACUACGAAGACGAGGACGCAGUCCCGCACUCUUCACCCAUCAGGAAAGCACCACGUACCUCAAUAUCUUCACUACGCAAACGAGCACGUGCUACAUCACCCAAAGUCGUCAUAUCCGUGAGACAAAUGCACCUGACACCUCCCCACACCCCAGUCAUCAAUUUCUACCCAUUGCUUCCCGAGGAAAAAGAGCGUCAAGACGGCCCACGCAGAUCCCGCCGAAGCAAGACUGAGCUGAACGCACCCACGUCCCGCUUGCGUACACAGCGCUCACGUACAUCUCUCGACAGCGGACUGCGCAAUCUCACCCCCGCCUCCUAUGCCGAACCCGCACCUGAAGACAGUGAAGCGAGUCCCUCCAGCCCCUCCGCAGACGACUCGGAAGCGUCGACGUUUUCCUCAGCGGAGAGUGCACGCAGCCAGCCUCGUGCCUCGCGAACUCGUUCGUCCCUGGGCAAGCGGCCGCGCCGGUAUGUCGCCCAUGAAGACCAAGAUGACGCUGAUGAACGUGACGAGCUGGGCCAAACGCCUGGCCGCCCUAAGCGUAGUCGCACGAGUGGCGGCAGGCAAGUAGCUCAAGGGAGGACAGAGUACGGUAUCGUAGAUGAUGACGAGGAGAGCGAGGAUGAGUUGAGCUUUCAUUAG